AUGAGCUCAUUAUUAACAAAGACAAUGAAGGCGAUUAGAUUGCAUGCACCUGGUGGACCAAGACAACUCGUUUUUGAGGAUGUUGCAGUGCCUUCAGUCAAGUCAAACGAGGUGCUGGUACAGAAUGAGGUUAUUGGUGUCAACUUCAUCGAUACAUACCAUAGAACUGGUCUCUACAAGCUCGAGUUACCAGCAACUCUUGGUCGCGAGGCAGCCGGAAAGGUUGUGGCUGUCGGCGAUGCCCUCAAGUCGCAGCUCAAGGUCGGCGAUCGUGUCACAUACUUUAGCCCAGCAUCAUACGCACAGUUCACCGCUGUGCCCGAGAGCAGCGUGUUCUGUCUGCCACCCACCGUCGACUAUGAGUCUGCCGCUGCCUACACUCUUCAGGGUCUCACUGCUCACUACCUCGUGCGCUCCACCUUCAAGCUCGAGAGCAAGCACACCUGUCUUAUCCAGGCUGGCGCUGGCGGUUUGGGCCAGGCCUUGAUCCAGAUGGCCAAGAUCAUUGGUGCCAAGGUCAUCACGACCGUGUCGACCCCAGAGAAGGAGGCGUUGGUGCGCUCAUUGGGUGCCGACCACGUCAUCAACUACAAGGACUUGCCCGAGUUCUCCAGCAAGGUGCGCGAGCUCACCGGCGGCAAGGGUGUUGAUGUCGUGUACGACGGUGUCGGCGCAUCGACCUGGUUCCAAUCACUCAAGUCACUGCGCACACUCGGAUGUCUCUGUUUGGUGGGCAAUGCUUCAGGCCCCGUGCCAGCCAUCGACCCAUUGUUGCUCAGUGCCAAUGGAUCACUUUUCAUCACCCGACCAACAUUGGUCGACUAUCUGCGCGAGCCAGGCGAGAUGCAACAGAGAUGUACAGAGAUCUUCCAGUGGAUUGCCGAUGGCAAGCUGACUCUCUCCUCCAAGACCGUCCUCCCACUGGACAGCGCCUCUCAGGCUCACGAGAUCCUCGAAAGCCGUCAAUCAGCUGGCAAGAUCCUUCUCCAGCCCCCAGCACUCACCAACUAA